UCUUGCGGCUGUUUCCAUGGCAACAACAACAAACGCAAUUUUUGGUUUGCUCAGUCAGACGUCAACUGCAGUUACCUUUAGUUAACACUAAUGUUAGCUUCUAGCUACUUCUUACAAUUACUAAGUAAGUUAACGUUGUUUGUUGCAUUUUGCAUCUUUAUAAUAGUUACAAAACUGAACAGGUUAACGUUAACUAACCUAGCUAGCUACUGCAGCUAACUUGAUAGCACUAACGCUAGCUUCACAUAACUUACUUGCAUUAGCUGGAUAACCCAGUUAGUUCAUACGACGCUUAAACUGAAUGCAGUGUGACUAGCGAGCUCGUUUACCGCUUGUCAGCUGAGUUAGCUACCAACUGGUCCGCUGCAGUGACCCAUUACUUUUUGUGAUAACACGGGCCAGUUUGACCACAAUGUCUGACAUGGAUGAAGAUGAAGUGUUGUCCGAUGGAACGUUAGACGGAGAGGAAGAAACGCAUCAAGGACCUGGAGAGGACGAAAAGGUACAGGUUUGCCAUUUGACCCAAGAAACCAUAAGUCAGGGGCUCUCAUUGCUGUGCCGAACAGGAAAUGGUCUUGGACAUGCAUUUGUCAAAGUGGACCUAAAAGACAAAGGACUGAAUGACAUUGCCGCAAUCAGCAGUUACACACACCUCCGUUUUCUGGAUUUAUCCAACAACCACCUUGUUGAUCUUGCUCCUCUGGCAUCUCUGACUCAGCUACUCUGGCUGAAGGUUGACAAUAAUGCUGUAUCAUGCUUCAAAGGGCAACCUUUCGGUCAGUUGACCUUCUUGCAGUGGCUGAGUAUGGCAGUGAACUGGCUAAAAGACCUGGAUGGCCUGGUCGGGCCUGCCUUGGAAAGCCUCAAUCUUACAGGUAAUGGUAUUCAGAGAGUGAACGACCUUCAGUGUGGCUGUUUUGCUAACCUGGUAACUCUAGAGCUGAGGGGAAACCACUUGGAAACCACGGAUGGCAUCAACUUUCCCAACCUGCGACGAUUAUAUCUGGCCCAAAAUGUUAUCAAGGAUCUGAAAGGUUUAGAAAGGCUAGAGCGCCUCACCACUCUUCAUCUUCGAGACAACCAGCUAGAUUCUCUGGAUGGCCUCAGCCCCAACAUGAAGUGUCUCCAAUACCUCAAUGUCAGAGGCAAUUUAAUUUUAGAUGAGAGUGCCCUGCAAUGCCUUGGCCUUGUGUCAAAAACUCUGCGGGCUUUGGUUGUUUCUGAGAAUCCUCUAGUGGAAACGACAGACUACCGGCUGAGUGUACUGAUUCUUCUGCCACAGCUGGAGCGGCUUGACAAAGAUCUUGUCUCCGAAGAGGAAAAGACUGAGGCCCGGGAGAGAAUCAAGGAACUUAAAGAAGAGGAAAUUUCCUGAGCCACAAUAAAUGCAAUGAUGGCCAGAAUGAGGAAGUGUUUGACUUCCUUGAGAACACACACUUGGUGUGUAUAUGUGGGUUCUGUGAUUGUGUUGUAGGAGAAGCGUUGUAUCUCUUGUAUGAUGCACUUUGUAUCUGUAAAUGUGUACGCUAGGGUUGCUUGUGUCAUGUUCUUACACUAUUACAGCCAAUCUAUUUUUUUGAAUAAUAAAAUAAAAAAUAAAAAUGUUGAAUGCAUCCAUUGAUAUGUGCAAAUGCAAAUUAUCAGCUAAAGUUACAAAGCACUGUGCCAGUGACGAAUGCAUAAGAAAUGAAGGAGUGUUUGUAUUGCUGGAAAAACUGUCCUGUGUUUGCCUGAGUAAGGAUGAGAGGGCAAAACCUGACACCAUUUCCCUGUUGGCAGACAUCCAGCUUUAGCUUUAAGGGAAUAGUGACAUGCAAUGGAUAUAAACAAAUCACCAUAUGUAGUCUUUACUGUCCAACUACAAAGUGUGUUUCUGAUUAAUAGUAGUAAUCUGAAGAUAUCAAUAUUUCCACACCUCACCAUCAUAGUGUUGCCAAAAAGAAGGAACAAUAUUUCAUAGAUUCUUUGGCCAAAACCAAGACAAAUGAAAAGAAAUCAUCUGAAUAAAAAUGUUGACCAUUUUAUUAAGUCUAAAGCGGUGGGUGCAAUUCGUUUCGUUGUAGGCUAUUCCUUGAUAAUUUCCCAACAAAGACAUAAACGUUACCUAGUUCCAUACAUUUUCGUUACCUGAUAUAAUACUUGUGUGUUAUGUCCAUAUAUUGGUAAUUUUCUCAUUAAAAGGUGAAAUGAUAAGAACUAAGUCACCACAGAUCUGUAACUGUAAUAAACUGAGAAAUGACUUGAGGAAGCAGCGCCUCAUGCGCAACUAGCCCCACAGCUGUUCCUCCAAUGAUUGGAUUAGGUGGGAGUGGCAGUUAGAGGAGACAUAAGUCCCCUCCUCAUUGCUUCCGCCUCCUCCUCGGUUGUACUUACCUCGGGCAGCUAACAGCGGCGUGGCGCAGCUUUGAACCUACUACCCCGGGAAGCAGCAGUGUGACU